AAAAAUAAAACCGUCCAUCCCUUCCAGAGCCUGCCAGUGCCAGAGGCAAGUGAGAAGGUGCUUGGAGCUGUCUGCAAAGAACAUACGAGCUCUGACAGUCAGGAGAGAGGGGACGGGCAGAGGAGAGGAAAGGCUGGGAGUUCUCAUUCUUUCUAAGGUAGGAGGAGUGCUGUUGCUGCAGCUUUGGGAAACCUGUACUCUUGGGCUUUCUCUAUUUUAUUGCCCUGCUGAGCCCUCCUUCUCCUCCAGACAGCACACACUGAUUAAGACUCUUGUAGAUGUACCUGAAGAUGUGAAUGGCUCUGAAACGUGCUUGAGAGAAUUUAGCCUGGCUGCCGUCUUCUCCCCUCACCCCCUGCCCCCAAACUUCAGUUUCACUCAUAUGAAACUACCAGUUCUGCAGCGGAGUGCUUUUCCUCUUGACAGAAACCAUGAGGGGCUCCCAGAGGAGUCUUCUCCCAUUAACCAUAGCACUUUUUGUGGGAGUAGUUGAUUGCCAGAGAGACUUUGUUGGGCAAUUUGACCAGAGUCCUUCCUACAGAACUGAAUCUGGGAGCAGAGAGACAAGUCGGCUACGGUUCUGGAACCAGGGUAGCUUGGGACCGGCAAACAAGGUGUUCAGUUUGUUCCAGGUACACAGUCCUUCUACCUUGGACCAUGCUCCUGCGACCCCUCAAACAGAAGUUGCCUCCAAUGCUGGGAUGAGAAACCUGGCAGGGAGGGAAAACCGAAAAACAUCCUCCACUCCCACAGACCGCAAACUCCCUGCUCUGACAAAUGCAAGAUCCCAGACUAGCAACCCUGGAACGAAAGCUGAUGCUCCAGGCAGAAGCUUGAGCCGGACUCUGCAGCAGAGGCAAAGGAUGGACACCUCACACCACUGGUUACGAAAUGGGCCGAGGCCACGGACAGUGCCACAACCCAGAAUGCAAAAUUCCAGAGCCCGGAUGUUCGGGCCAAAUGUCUGCGGGGGACAAUGCUGCUCAGGUUGGACAACGGCUCCAGGGACAAAUCGAUGUAUUAAACCUGUAUGUGAUCCUCCAUGCCAGAACAAAGGAUCCUGCAGUCGUCCCCAGCUUUGUAUUUGCCGUUCAGGCUUCAGAGGUUCCCGAUGUGAAGAGGUGGUUCCAGAACAAGAAUAUCACCCUCCUGGUCUUGUGGCUGCCUUACAGCCUCCAGCAAGUUCCCUUCUAAAAAGAACGGGCAAUACAGAAAGAGAAAGCCCACUCAGAGGGGGACAGCGGCCAACCAUUCAGAAGCUACCAGCUGGGACUCAGAGCAGAAGUAGUUCUCUUGUUACCUCUCAGCUGCACACAGGACCCUCCCGCACAGUGCGACGCUAUCCAGCUGCAAAUAAUGAUCAGCUAACAUCUAAUGCACUGCCCAAUGGGAAUGGAUUUGAACAGAGCAGUGCUGGGCCACGUACAGCAUACCCAGAACCUGCUUCAUCUCUCUGGGGUGUCAACCUGACAGAAAAAAUCAAAAAGAUAAAGAUCAUCUUCACUCCCACAAUCUGUAAACAGACUUGUCAGCAUGGCCGCUGCUUCAAUAGCUGUGAGAAAGGAGAUACCACCACCCUGUACAGCCAGGGUGGACAUGACCAUGACCCCAAAUCUGGCUUCCGUAUCUAUUUCUGCCAGAUUCCCUGUCUAAAUGGCGGGCGCUGUGUGGGCAGGGAUGAAUGCUGGUGCCCAUCUAACUCUACAGGGAAGUUUUGCCACCUACCAGCUUUAAAACCAGAACGAAAACAAGUCCCCAAUAGCCUAGCAAGCAGCUCCACGAAGCAUUCUAUGUACACACUUCCUCUGUCCAACCAACUUGCUUCAAUAAACCCUUCCCUUGUGAAUGUACAUAUCAACCACCCUCCAGAAGCCGAGGUGCAGAUUCAUCAGGUGGCCAGAGUGAAGAGUGACUCAGAUCAGUCCGAAGAGAACAGUGUUGAAACUGUGUUGAUAUCUCAGCUUCCCACAGGCCCCCAGUACAAUAAUAAUGCCACCAGCAGCAGCAGCAGCAACAACAAUGUUGUCACAGAGAGCAAGCAGCAGCAAAGGACCCAGAGUCUUAUGGGAAGGUGUUACCCGGAGUCAGUACAUGGAAAGUGUGCAGACCCAUUUCUUGGUCUGACCAAAUACGAGGAUUGUUGUGGCAGUGUGGGAGCCUUUUGGGGGGUCAGCAGGUGUAUCCCGUGCCCAUUGAAACCAGCUCACCCAGUGAUUGAAAAUGGACAAGUUGAAUGCCCACAGGGUUACAAGAGGCUGAAUCGGAGCCACUGCCAAGAUAUCAAUGAAUGUCUAAUACUUGGCAUAUGUAAAGAUGCAGAAUGUGUGAACACCCGGGGCAGCUUCCUCUGCACUUGUAAACCUGGCACCAUGUUGGACCCAUCUCGCAGUCAUUGUAUUUCGGAUAAAGCUGUUUCCACAGAGCAGGGAUUCUGCUAUCGCUCAGCAGUAGGAGGAGUCUGUGCCCUGCCGCUCAACCAACGCAUCACCAAACAGAUUUGCUGCUGUAGUCGUGUUGGCAAAGGAUGGGGGGGAAAUUGUGAAAAGUGUCCAUUGCCAGGCUCUGAAGCCUUUAAGGAGAUUUGCCCAGCAGGUCAUGGCUACACUUAUUCCAGUUCUGACAUUCGGAUGUCCAUGAGAAAGGCAGAAGCGGAUGAGCUCCCACACGGCUCAGAAGAGCAGCAGGAAAAUAGCGACAGGGUUCCUGACUGGACAAUAAGACAGCAGCAGUUGCAGGAGGUCUUGCGUGGGGGUGUCACAGACACACUCCCCAGGACUGACAUCUUAACUGGGAAAGGGGAAUUUACAAGGGAAGACCAGGAUACAGAUGAUGCUAUCCAAGAAACUGGCAUUAACCCAGUGGACAUGCUAGAGAUUUCUCCCCAUUCUCCUGACCAGCCAUUUCCAGGAGCUGUAGGGGAAGAUGUUGCUCCAACAGACAUAGCAACAACCUUUACAGAGACCAACGCAUGCUCCUCUUCACCCAAUAUCUGUGGUCCGGGCACCUGCCUAAAUUUGCCAGGAGGAUAUGCCUGUUUCUGCUACCAUGGCUACCGGCAGCAUCCAAGUCACAGCUAUUGCAUUGAUGUUGAUGAAUGUGAGAGAAAUCCAUGCAACGGGAGAGGCCACUGUGUCAACAAUGAAGGCUCCUACUCCUGUCUCUGUUUCUCUGGAUAUUCCCUUCUCAUCUCACAGAACACACAAACAUGUCAGGAUCUAAAUGAGUGUGACCAGCCAAAUAUCUGCCAUGGAGGGCAAUGUAUCAACACACCUGGCUCUUAUCACUGUAAGUGCAAAAUGGGCUACAUCAUGGAUCAUAGAGGACAGUGCGAAGAUAUUGAUGAGUGUGCAAUCCAUAAUCCCUGCCCUAGAGGACGCUGCAUCAACACUGAGGGCUCCUUUUCUUGUAUGGCUUGUGGCACUGGAUACAUUGCAUCAAGGGAUGGAAGAACAUGUGAAGAUAUUGAUGAAUGUGUCUCACACACAGCCUGCCCUCAGGGAAUUUGCACUAAUACACAGGGAUCCUUCACCUGCCAAGCCUGCGACACUGGCUAUGUACUCUCAUCCAACAGACUCACUUGUGAAGAUAUUAAUGAAUGUGAAGAUCCAAACACUCACUGCCUGGGAGGCGAGUGCUUCAACAUACCAGGCUCCUACUUGUGCCACUGCCAGCCUGGAUUUGAGCUCUUCAAUGGGACCAUGUGUGAAGAUCUGAAUGAGUGCCUGGACAGCAGCAUCUGCAGCCCCAAUGGCGAGUGCCUGAACAGCCACGGAUCCUAUUUCUGCAUUUGUGCUCUCGGCUUCUCAAACGCUGCUGGUGGAGUCAGUUGCCAAGAUGUAGAUGAGUGUGCAGACCAGUCCAGGUGUUUGCGUGGCCAGUGCCUCAAUACAGAAGGGUCUUACAGGUGCUUGUGUCAAACCGGCUUCAAGCAUUCCCAGGAGACAGAUGACUGUAUAGACGUGGAUGAGUGUGAAGAAUACGGGGAUGCUGUCUGUGGCAUGUGGCAAUGCCAGAACACAUUGGGUUCAUAUCACUGCAUUGUGGGAUGUCCGUCUGGCUUCCAUCGCACAUCCUUUGGUGAAUGCAUUGAUAUCGAUGAAUGUGCCAAUGAGACACUGUGUGGAGGCCACGCCUUUUGUGACAACACCGAUGGCUCAUUCCGUUGCCUGUGUGACCGUGGCUAUGAAACUUCGCCUUCAGGCCAUGACUGCGUUGACGUGAAUGAAUGUGAGCUGAUGCUUGCUGUGUGUGGGACGGCCCUUUGUGAGAAUGUGGAAGGAGCCUUCUUGUGCCUGUGUCCCAGCGACCACGAGGAGUACGACACGGAAGCAGGGGAGUGCCGCCCCCGAGCGGGCACGGGAGAGCCUGGAAGGCCUGUAUCUUUGCAUCCUGGCAGCUCGGAGCGGAAGGAGUGCUACUAUCAUAUCAGUGAUGUCCCACUGUGUGACAGUGUCUUGGCCAACAACACCACCAAGGAGGAAUGCUGUUGCACUGAAGGAGCAGCCUGGGGGGACAACUGUGAAACCCAUCCAUGCCCUGUCAUUGGCUCAGUGGAAUAUAUUGAAAUUUGUCCCAGUGGGAAGGGCUAUAUCCCUGUGGAAGGAACACUGAUCUUUGGACAGACAUCUUACACAGAUGCUGAUGAGUGUCAAAUGUUCGGCCUUGAGGUCUGUCGUAAUGGGCACUGUGUGAACACAGUGCCGGGGUACACUUGCUUCUGCCUUGUUGGAUAUUUCUAUGACUCUAAGAAGCUUGAAUGUGUUGAUCUAGAUGAGUGUGAGAAUGAAGAGGCCUGUGCAAAUGGCAAGUGUCUCAACACAGCUGGGUCCUACCAUUGCUUCUGUAGCCUCCCCCUGGUGCUGGAUGCGACCCGCAACCGCUGCAUCAACAUCUCCAACACGGCAGAUGAUGUGGACGAACAUGACAUUCACUUGGACAUCUGCUGGGAGAGAGUUUCGAAUUACAUCUGUAAUGAGCCACUGCAGGGGCAACGAACCACAUACACAGAAUGCUGCUGCCGUUACGGAGAGGCCUGGAGUCAGGACUGUGCACUCUGCCCACCCAGGUCCUCUGAGGAUUUUGCUCAGCUGUGCAAUGUUGCCAGGAGUGAGGCUGGACUCCGAGAAAGGCCUGGCUAUGAAUAUGAGCCAAAUCAGGAAGACCAUCAUUAUGGACUCUACAGCCCAGAUUUAGAGCCCUAUUACAAUCAUUUAGGUCUUGAGUACGGAGCGUCUGACACCAGCCUCUCCAACACAGAACAAAGACAUGAAUUUGAAGAUGGCACAUUCCUACAAGCACCACAAGUCCAUCCAGGCCAGACACAACCUCGCUACUUACCUGACCAAACUGGGCACCACAGCAGCUUUGAAGGACUCCGAGCAGAGGAGUGUGGGAUUCUGAAUGGUUGCGAUAACGGGCGCUGUGUGCGUGUACAGGAGGGCUACACCUGCGACUGCUUUGAUGGCUUCCAGUUAGACUUGGUUCUCAUGGCCUGUGUGGAUGUGAAUGAGUGUGAGGAAGCCAAUGCCUCUGCGACUUUGUGUGAUGGAAGCACCUGCGAGAACACAGAGGGUUCCUACCGCUGCAACUGCUUGCCUGGCUACGUAGCACUAGCCGAGCCCCACCGCUGCGUGCCAGGGACGUCACAGAGUCCAGAAGCAGCGUGACUCCAAAAGUGGCGAUGGACCAGAAGCAACCCUUCCAGCCAUUUGCUUUGAGAACUGGAGGUCUGCCCAGCUGGAGAAGAGCGACUGAGAUAGCAGCUUUAAACCCCUUUGAUUGUUUCCCAAAGAGCAGAAACUCAACACAUCUCGCAGGGACAAAGGCCAGUGGGAAGCUGCCAAGGCCCUCAAGGGCUGGCUCAACACAUGCUUCCUGCUUCAACCACAGUAGAAUGCUCAGGUCCACAGUCUGCUAAUCAUGUGCUAUGGGUUAAGUUUCCGCUCCCAUUUCUAUCUGAAGUUCUCGGCCUCCAGUCGCACUGUGUGGGCCAAUGGUAUGUUCACCCCCACUCAUCCCUUUUGCCCUUCAGUUCAUAUCAUGGACUUGCAAGAUCUUAUGCCCCCAAAAGUUAUCCUCGCAAGGCCUUAUCCCUCUGAACAGUACUCACUUCCCACCCCCAAGACCACAUUAUAUAGGAUUUCUACCUUUCACAAAACCACAACGCUCUAAUUCUGCUUAUUCUUUGCCCUACUGUCCUCAGACACACAACCUGAGAAUCUAGUCAAUCUUUUAGUUGGUCAGGUGACACAGAAUGCAAGACCCUCCCAGCUUUGUGCGCUAAAUGGACAGCACCUCACAAGCAACACAGAUGCUGAUGGAUUGUAUAUUCUUUUUACUGUGACUGAAGAACACGCCCAUUCUACAGCUAUCAUAGGAAUUUCAGCUUCUCCCUGCUAAAUCAGCCCAGAUCCUGUGUAACCUUCCCUCAAAGCUCCUCUCGCAAGCAAGGCAUACUUGAGCCUGGGAACAGGGGGUGGCCCUCUUCAGAGCAUAUGGCAUCCUAUUUAUAGUCUGGCAGUAGCUUGAACUCCAAAGGGCUUGUUGGCUCAGCCUCUUUCUAUUCAUACCAAGCCAUGGGCAUCCGCCUCGCACUUUCUGUGACUGCUGGACCAAUAGUUUGGGAAGCGGGAAGGAUUACAGCUCUUUAGGUUUAGGAAGUACUCUGUGGUGCUUUCUAUUGGGACAAAAAUAUAUUAUGUUAAAUA